CAAAAAUAAUGGCCAAACUUCCAAAUCAUCCAAUCAUUUAUCGUUUAUUCCAUCAAUCUCUCAAUUUACAGAUCAAUCUCUGCUCCCACUUCAUUCUUCUCAAUCUCAUGGGUAUUACCUUUCCAUAUUAUGGUAUUAUCCCAUUUCUUGAUUCCAUUCAGUUCCCAGAAAUUUCACUUCACAUAUUUUAAUAUUCUAAAAAAAAGAAUUUUAUGAUUUUUUCAAUUUCCUUUGCUUCCCUUACCUUCUAAUUAUAUACCAACUUCACGCAAUCACUUCUAAAAAUUCACGUCUCUUUUUGCCCCUAUAACUCUAGUAAGUUUAUCCUUUACUUAUCUCUUGUUAUUUUAUUUAAUUUUUUUGUUUAAUUUAUGAGGAAGUUGAUAUAUUUUGGUAUUAGAUUGAUUCAAACUUUGCCCAUUUUCUGGAAUUCAUAAUUUAUCUGUUGAAAUUUGGAAAUUUGUUGAUCUUAUUGAUCUUUUUAUGCAACUUGUAAUGCAUCUUACACUGAAAGUUGGUCAUACCCAUCUGAAAAUUUCAGGAAUUUUUUGAUCCAGUUCCUUUAUAGAAGCAAUUGUGGAACUUUUCUGGGAAAGAUUAGAUUUUGAUAUUUGAUGUUAAAAUUAUUUCUAAAUUUGUUCAUUGGAAGAUUCAGUAAUGCCCACCUGUUCUUUGGGGUGAAAUUCUUGAUCUUGGAUGUGUUUUGGUCUUCUUUUUUGAUGCCUAAACAGGGGUUUGAAGUGCAUUUUGAUUGAUUGUUGGAAUAUUGAAUUUCCUUGAUUUAUAUUAUCGAAUUCGAUAACUAGGCUUUCAUCUUGGUGUUUUUCUGGAUGUGGAUUGAAUUCAUUGGGUCAAGGGUGGUAUACUGCAUUGUGUUAAACCUGAGAUAACCCUAGCAAUUUGGGAAAAUCAUGGAUUUUAAUGUGAGUUCUUCAUCAGAACAUGGAAGAUUAGAGCAGAUCAUUUCCCAGUUUCUCCUAAAGGCCUUGCAUAUAGUUUUAGAAUCCAGGAUUCCAUCCCUAAAACCCCAAGAUCAUAGUGGAGAGCUGUUGUCUAAUUCAAAGGCCAAAAGGACUGAUAAAUGGUUCAAUCUAGCUUUAGGGGACCGCCCUGCUUCUUUAGAGAAGUUGCAGUAUUGGCAUAGGAAUCUAAUGGAUCCAAUGGUAAUCGACAUAAUUGUCAUUCGUCGAGGAUUGGAUGAUUCAUCUGGGAAUUACUCAUACUAUGAACAGGUGUUUGAUGGGGAUGCCGUUGAGACAGUUGUUGAGAGAUGGGUGGUUCAGUAUGAAAAUUAUAAGACAUUACCCGUACAAAAUCGUGACAUUUCUUUGCUAUAUAAGAAAAUGUACCAGAAAUCUAUCAUACUUUUCCGUUCUUUGUACUUGAUGAUGAGGCAUUUGCCUGCUUAUAAGAUAUUUAGGCAUCGUAGUUCCUUGAAUCAUACUUCUGAUAUUGACGUUAUAUACAAGGUUUCGUCUUUCAGUGACCCCUUCUCUAGGGAAGAGGAGCAAAUGAUGAAGCAUUAUAGUUUUAACCCAAUAGAGGCUGUAAAUGGUAGACUAUGUGUUUCUGUAACUUAUAGAUCAAAUUUGUCAGAAUUUGAUCUUAACAGUUCCACAGCGUUUCCACCGGUAAUAAUCACUGAUUAUGUUGGUAGUCCUGCUACUGAUCCUUUGAGGGCUUUCCCAUCCUUGGAGAAAUUAUCUCAUCCAGCCUCGUUCUCAUCGAGGGGAACUAGAGCUGCGUGUUCGACUCCAAGUCAACGUCCUCAUAGCUGGUCUAGUGGCAUCCAUUUUGCAGCUGCAAGAAUGCAAAAUAAUCCUCUUACUGGUUCUCCUUCUGCACAUCGUAGUUCAUUUGAUCCGAAUGAUGAUCCAUCUUUGCUAACAUAUAGCCAAGACCAAAGAGUUCAGAAUUAUAGGAUGCUUGGUGGUCAUCACAAAACUAACAGUUACGACGAGUCUCUUUCACCUCCGUUCUCCCCAUCUUCAUCUCCGUCUCCCCCAGCAUACCUCCUUAGAUAUAGUCCUAACCAGUCUCGGCUUAGGCCGGAGUCUGCACCUGUUGCUAUACCAUAUGCUAUGUUGAAUAGAAGUCCUAGACACCUUUCUCCUAAUUUAUCUGAUCCAAAUAGACUUCCACUCCCUCCUUUCUCUCCAAAGAACUUAAAACCUGAUCCUUCACCACAUGGGUCAUCAUCUCCUUCUGGACACAGGGUGGUUAGAAAAUUAGAUGCAGUGCGGCUUGGCGAGUCGCAUUCUGGGAUGUCAAAUCUCUCUUUUGGAUCAAAGAUUUCUAGAGAUAGCAAAGAUGAAUCUGGCCGUUUCUCUGGGUUGCAUUCUUCUGGUAGCUCACCACGGAAGGCAUUUUCAAGAACCUCAAGUAGAUUAUCCUUCCAAGACGAGUUGGAUGUUUGUGACUUCUCCUGUCCAUUCGAUGUUGAUGUUGAUGACGUUGAUACAUCAGAUACCCAACCUAGUCACAGUUACGAAGCAAAGAAAGGAUCAGAUUUCAAUUCUGGAUUCUCAUUGGGCCGGAAGUCACAGGAUGCUGCCGUGGGUGCGCUUGUUCACAUGCUUAGAACCGCCCCACCACUACGUCAAGAUUCAAGUAUCUAUUCAUCCCACUCUCAAAGCACCCAUCAAGGUAAUUUCGGAACAGCCUCCGAAUUUUUAAUGUCUCGGAAGGCAUCAGAUGCCCUCGAAGAGCUUAAGAGUUACCAAGAAAUGAAAGAUCUGCUUCUUUCUAAAAGCGGAAACCAAGCGGUAAACAACGAUGAAGAUCGUCAUGGUUUACCUUUGAAUAUCAAAGGAAGGAAGCUUUAGAAGGAAUUUGUGUCACUUUUGGGUUGUAGAUGGCCAUUGAUUAUGAGUGCAAUUAGAAGUAAACCUAAAGUAAAGAUGUUAGCUAUUAACAAAAAUACUUGUACAUAAAAAAUUAGUUGUGCCUUCAUCUUUGUUCUGUUCACUUUGAAUCAUGGUUUUUGCUUUGCCA